GCGGUGUGUUUUGCACGUAUUUGAGCCGGAAAACCCUUGAGAUUAGCUGACAAAGUCACUCUCGUGAUGGUGUUAACCAAGGAGUAUCGAAUUUGUAUGCCACUCAGUGUUGAAGAGUACCAAAUCGGGCAGCUGUACAUGAUUGCGCGGCACAGCCUGGAGAAGUCCGACAGCGGACAAGGAGUGGAAGUGGUGGAGAAUGCGGAGUGCGAGGACGAGGAGCACGGCAAAGGACAGUUCACAGAGAAGCGCGUCCACUUGUCCAAUCGCCUUCCGUACUGGAUUCAGGCUGUCUGCCCGCGAGUCUUCUACAUCACGGAGAAAGCGUGGAAUUACUAUCCUUUCACCAUCACAGAAUACACGUGUUCCUUCAUACCAAAGUUCAGCAUAUCCAUUCAGACGCGCUACGAGAACAACAACGGAACCACUGAGAAUUGCCUCAAUCUGCCGCCCGAGAAGCUGGCGGAGCGGAGCGUGGAUCACCUGGACAUCGCCUUCGAGGAGAUCGACCAGAAGCACUACAAGCUGGAGGAGGAUCCGAAGCACUUCAAGUCGGCGGCGACGGGCCGCGGGCCGCUGAUCGAGGGCUGGCGGGACCACGAGAAGCCCAUCAUGUGUUCAUACAAGCUGGUCAGCGCGUCCUUCGAGGUCUGGGGCCUGCAGACGCGCGUCGAGGACUUCAUCCACAAGUGCAUCCGCGACAUCCUGCUGCUCGGCCACCGCCAGGCCUUCACGUGGAUCGACGAGUGGUACAACAUGACGAUGGACGACGUGCGCGCGUACGAGAAGUCCAUGCACGUGGAGACCAACGAGAAGGUCCUGCAAGGAACCACCGAACAACCCGAGAGCCCGACGGCUCAGAAGUCCUUCGAUUAGGCUCAUCAACACUAGCGAAUUCGCCACAGUACAAGCUUCUAUCUGGGUAUUUAUGUAUAGUAUUUUCUCAAGAGUCUGCAGACAAAUUGGAGCUUCGCGUCUGCAUCAAGGGGGAGAUAGUGUGGCGAAGAUCUACAAAAGUGCAGCAUUUGACUGCAUUCUGACUGCAAUCUAACUCAAAUCUAACUCAAAUCUAACUGAAAACUGUCUAAUUGAGGGUUAUAGAUGAUAUUUUAUACUUUCUUUCUUCUAAUUCAACUGUUUUUAUGGCUUUAUUCUCGAUUAGAGUCUCGAUUAGAAUAUAAAAAUUGAGGUUAUGUUUGAUUUUAGCGCUUAAAUCAUUAUUUUCAUUGAGUGCAGAUGCGAAAUUCUACUUAUAAGUAGGAAAAUCUUCAUUUCAAGUGCAAUAAUUCAUCUUUAGAAAUGUUAUUUAGUCUUAAAUAAAGUCACAUAACCUAUAAAAAUUACCGAAAUGAAGGCCUGGAGAAGAAUUGAUUUGUUAUCAGUGAAAAAAUCAAUAGAAAUUCAAAGUGUGAUGGGAAUAUUGCAAAUACUGAAACAUUUUCUAACACAAAUUUCCCAAACAUGAGCUUAACGGCCACAAUAUCUCCCCCUUGGUCUGCAAGAUUUAACCAAAAUUAGUAAUAAAUUGUAAUGUAAACCAGUGAAAUUUGCCUUCAUUCAACUCCACUUCGCCUGC